AUGGGCGCGAUCACUGGUUCCAUCCUUACAGCAAUGGAGCACUUGGGGCCGCAGAAUGUGGCCAACAGCGUUUGGGCGUGGGCCACGCUGCGGUACCACAACGUGUCCGCUUUGUCAGCCAUGGCCGCUUUAGCGGUGAAGAGCGGGGAUGCCCGGGGCCGUUUUAAGGUGUGGGCCUUUGCCAAGCUCCACGUUCAGCAGGAGGCCCUCAUGGCCGCUGUCGGAGAAGCUCAGAGCGAGAGUCAUUGGGACGAGCCCUUGCUGGAGAUGAUCAGCGCCACGGUGGAGAAGCGCGUGGGGAGCUGCAAGACGCAGGAGAGGCCACGGAGAAUCACUGAAAAGUCGGCGACGAUGGGAUUGUGUGGGAUUUGUCACACCACAAGAUCUAUAUAA